ACAAAGCGGGCGGGGCUAGGCACGGGUUGUGCUCCUCUCCCCUGAGGGUCCUCCGGCGCUGCUCGGUCCCUGCGCUGUUAACACACUUCACACGGCUUCACCCGUGUCCGAUCACAACACCACAGAAAGCAGGAUAGGAGCUGAACUAGCGAUACUAUUAUAUUUUAAUUUUUGGGUGUGUACUCUGGGGUGCUUCACUUCUUGUGUGUUGUUAUUUGCUGAGAAAUGUCAAUUGGAUGUGAACGGGCACGAUUAGGAGAGCACAGUUUUAAGCUGUGCCAGGGGAGGUUUAGGUUGGCCAUGAGGAACAAUUUCUUCACAGAAGGGGUGGCUAGAAACUUGAAUGGGCUGCUCAGGGAGGUGAUGGAGUCACUUCCCUUGGAGGCGUUUAAGGAAACCUGGCACUUAGUGCCGUGGUCUAGAUGACUUGGUGGUUUUAGGUCAUAGGUUGAACUUGGUGAUCUCGGAGGCCUUUUCCAACGCAAUUGAUUCAGUAAUUCUGUGACAGUGGGAGAUAACUACAUGGCCUAAUCCCUGCCAUCCAUGCAGUGAGGAAGCAGCUGACCAGCAAGUAAAUGCAGAGUAUGCCUGCAUGAAGAAGCAGUAUGAUAUCUAAAGAGAAAAAGGAGAGGACAAAUGCACACAAAUUCCUUUUUAAAGAAUUAAAAUGUUUUCUAUGGGGACUUCUGCUUUGGAUGCCAGGACUCUUUUGAGGACCUCGUUUGUUGCAUGGUUUAAAGGAAGAUGAUGUUGUUAGUGAAUUCUGAGCAUCCUUCAGGAGGCUGAUGACCCCUGUGUCGUUGGUGUGUCAUGGAUAACUUCAAACGCUCUUUUUCAAAACACCACAGGCAGUUAAUGCAACUUAUAAAGGACUCCUGACUUUUUGCAUCUUCCUAAGUCCUAUCUAGAUGUCACCAGUGUUUCCCAUGUUAACAGUUCUGAGCAUGUUUUACUACAUGUGCCUUCGGCGCCGAGCUAGGACAGCGACGAGAGGAGAAAUGAACAGUCGGAGGGCUAUUGAAUCGAACACCCGAGCCUUACCUAUCAAUGUUGAAAUAGUUCAGUAUGCCAAAGAAGUGUUGGAUUUCAGCUCUCAUUAUGGCAGUGAAAACAGCAUGUCGUAUACCAUGUGGAAUUUAGCGGGUAUUCCCAAUGUGUACCCUAGUUCUGGUGACUUUACCCAGACUGCUGUCUUUCGAACUUACGGGACCUGGUGGGAUCGUUGCCCAAGUGCUCGGCUGCCUUUCACGAGGACACCAUCCACUUUCUGUAGCCAAGACUAUGUAGAACUUGCUUUUGAAGAACCAGUUUAUCCCACUGCAGUGCACAUUCUGGAAACCUAUCAUCCUGGAGCUGUAGUCAGGAUUUUGGCAUGCUCUGCAAAUCCUUACUCACAAAAUCCACCAGCUGAAGUAAGGUGGGAAAUACUUUGGUCUGAGGCACCUACGAAGGUGAAUGGUCCUCAGGCACGGCAGUUUACACCCUGUAUAAAACAGAUAAACUUUCCCACAAACUUAAUCCGACUGGAAGUGAACAGCUCUCUUCUGGACUAUUACACUGAAUUGGAUGCAGUAGUACUGCAUGGUGUGAAAGAGAGGCCUGUGCUUUCACUUAAGACUCCAAUGAUUGAUAUGAAUGAUAUAGAUGAAGAUGAGGAUGAAGAAAAAUUUGCCUGUGGUAUGGACACCCUUAAUAAACAGUUCAGCAUUGUUACCCUCAGGGAAUGGCCAACUAAUGGAUAUUUUGAUAAGCUGCCUUACGAGCUCAUCCAGUUGAUUUUGAGUCACCUUACAGUACCAGACCUAUGUAGACUAGCACAAACUUGUAAGCUACUGUAUCAACAUUGCUGUGAUCCUCUACAGUACAUUCAUCUCAGUUUACAACCUUACUGGGCGAGGAUUAAUGACACAUCCCUGGAGUACCUACAGUCUCGCUGCACUCUCAUCCAGUGGCUGAAUUUAUCUUGGACUGGAAACAGGGGAGCCAUCUCUGUUUCUGGAUUUAGCAGGUUCCUGAAAGUCUGUGGCUCUGAACUAGUACGUCUUGAGUUGUCUUGUGGCCAUUUCCUCAAUGAAACAUGCUUGGAGGUCAUCACUGAAAUGUGUCCAAAUCUUCAGGAAUUAAAUCUCUCAUCAUGUGAUAAAAUACCACCUCAGGCUUUCAACCACAUAGCCAAAGUGGGCAGCCUAAAGCGUCUUAUUCUCUACAGAACAAAAGUGGAGCAAACAGCCCUGCUCAGUAUUUUGAACUUCUGCUCGGAGCUGCAGCACCUCAGCCUGGGCAGCUGUGUCAUGAUUGAAGACUAUGACCUUAUAGCAAGCAUGAUGGGAGCAAAAUGCAAAAAGCUUCGCAGUCUGGAUUUGUGGAGAUGUAAAAACAUAACUGAAAGCGGGAUUGCGGAGUUGGCUUCAGGCUGCCAGCUUUUGGAAGAGCUUGAUCUUGGUUGGUGUCCUACGCUCCAGAGCAGUACAGGCUGCUUCACAAACCUCGCGCGCAAACUCCCGAAUUUGCAGAAGCUCUUUCUUACGGCCAACAGGUCUGUGUGUGACACGGACAUCGAGGAGCUCGCUGCCAACUGCACACACUUACGGCAGCUGGAUAUAUUGGGAACAAGGAUGGUGAGCCCUGCGUCUUUAAGAAAAUUGCUGGAGUCUUGUAAAGAUCUUUCUUUACUCGAUGUGUCCUUCUGUUCACAGAUCGAUAAUAGAGUUGUGCUAGAACUGAAUGCCAACUUUCCUAAUGUGUUCAUAAAAAAGAGUUUCACCCAGUGACUCCCUACAUAUGCUGCUGUGGAACUCGUUUGACAGAGUUGUUUUCCUGUAAAUUUGUGCUGAUUUUUUUUAAGGAGAAUUUAAAUCUGCUAUAAAAUAGUGGAAACUAUUAAUUAUCUACAAAAAUGGGUAAAAUACGUUUAAAUGUAUUAUGUUAAAGUUGAUAUUGUACCUAAGAAUUAUUUUACUCUGUUAAUUGGUGGUACUGCAUGUUUUUAAGUACUAGCCAUAUGUCUGGCUUUAAUGAGAAGCAAAUGAAUGUCUUCUUAAAUGUCCCUUCACAGGGUGUUAUACACAACACACUAUGUUAAUAUCCAGGUGAAAGCAGAAGUUCAAUAUUUAUCAGUAAGGAAAAUAUGGGUGCUUCCCUUUCCUGUGUUUGUGUGUGUAUAUAUAAAUGUAUACAUAUGUAUUUGUAUAUACAUACACAGAUAUUGUAGCAUUCUAGUUUGGUGCAGCAUAAGAUUUUAUGAUCAGCCCUAUAAUUAGUUAUUUGAAAACCAGUUUAAGUGUGUAUAAGAACAGAUAGAAAAGGCACUUUAUCUUCUUUGAGUUUUAGCAGUGAAUUGUAUCACAGUUUUCUCCCUUCCUUUACCUGAAAUAGAAGUGGUGUUUUAUAGUCCAGCCUAAGCAACACAGCAGAUAAAGGCAAGAACCUGGACCACCUGAACUUAGAGCAGAAAUGAAAGAUAAAAUUGACAACUGCUUCUUGAUAUUGAGAUACAAAGUUUAAGCCAGGUACUUAAUGUCAUAACUGGUAAUGUGUAAAAAACUCCAGCGUUGUUCUCUUUUUCAGGUUUCUGUCAUGGUCAAGACUUGAUUUGUGAUACCUUUGGUUAUUGUGUAGAGUGCCAUGGAAGGUAGAACUUUAGAGUAAUGCAUUAGCAGUUGUCCUUUCACUGGCAUCAAAUCUACUGUCAGGUGUAAAAACAAACACCCUUGUUCAGUAAAACAGCAAUGAAAAUGUUAUGGGUUUGAAACAAGGGCAAUAUGAUUUGAUAAUUUUAUGAUAGCCAAACUUAGUACUGGAUUUGUUUUGUUUGGGUUUUUGUUUUGUUUUUCCAAGAGGAGUGUAGCUCCAAGUACUGUUGCACUCUUUCUUUAAGACUGCUUAACCUCUGAAGAAGGAAAGCUGUGUUGAUGGACAAUUUCUGGAAGUUUCUUCCUUUUGCACUUUCUUGGAUGAAGCUUUUCUCUUUUAUUUCCUUGAAUACCACUGCUAGAGUGUGUUGCUAUGUACAGCUUUGGUUUAGAAUUUUACCUUUUUAGCCAUUGUUGAUGCAUAUGGACCAUAAAAUAUAGGCUGUCUUUUGAUACUGGUUCUGUUAUUCUUCUGUUGAUGGCACUUACUACCUUCUGGAAUAAGAAGAAAAAUACUUUGCCUGAGAGAAGUACAGUAUUGUACUGAAGAUCAGUGACAAAGAACACUUCAGUUCAUGCAGUAAAUAACCAACUGCUACUAGAGGACUGCUGCAAAUCGUUAAAAAUGUGACAAUCUCUGUGACUCCUGAAUGACUGCUUUGAACUCUUUGUGCUGGUGCCAAUACUUUAUAAACCAUGUCAUGAAAUAGCUACAGAACAUUUAUAUGAUUUUACUGAAAGACAUAGUUCUUCAGAUUUUUAAUUUUUUUUUAAAUCUCUGGGGAAUUCCAGAUCCAAAGAAGGGCAUGCACAGUUGGCUUUUUGAUUUUUUUCCUCCACACAGAUGGCACUAUGGGAUUUCCAACUAGUUUAUGCCAUUCCAUUUUUUUUCUUCUUUAGAAAUCUAGGCAUUGUCAGAGAACUUUAGAUUGAUUUACUUUUUUUUUUCCACACUGAAAGAUGUCAGCUUUGGUAUAAUUCUCUGUGAGACCUCAUUUCUCUCAAUCAUGUUUGGGUUCAUUUAUUUUUCUCUGAAAUUUUAACUUUUUUUAGUCUAUAUUUUUCAUUUGUAUCUGAGUAUUAAACAUUAUUCUAGUUACAGGAGAACACAGGUACAGAUAAUGGGAGUUUACAAAGAAAAGAAUUUCAAAACAAAUGUUUUUGUUGUAAAAUUUCACUUCUCAGGGGUUGUUCUGUGUUUAUCUCCUUUUUUUUUCUAUAGAGAUCAGUUUUGUUUGUUUUUCACUGUAAAUAGAAUGGGAUGUGGAUGAAGUGAUAGCCAUUGUGCCUUCAAACUGGUAAAUUUGGUAGAUAAUACAGUUUAACUUCUCAUCAGUGAAUCAAAUACAUGUUUUUGUAAUCAUGUAUGUGUAAAAAAUUUCAUUCUCUGUUGCUUUUUAGGUAGCGUAAAGAAGGUUUAAAUUGAAAUUUUGUUCAUACUGAAGGAUUUUUCUCUUUCUUAUGUUGCAUCUUCUGCUUGAAAUUGUUCUUUUCAGGAACUCUUUAUUGUCACUUGGAAGAUAAAGUGAAGUUGACUUUUUAUUUGGGUUGUUUAAAAGUUAGCUAUUGCAAACAUGUAAUUAAUUCAAAGAGCGGAGAAAUGAUUGGAAAUUAAUUCCUACAUAGCUGUGACUUCCUAUUUAGUUGUAAACUUCAGCUUUCAGUUAGAGAGUAAGAAGCUCUUUUAGCUAUGGCCUUAUAAGUCCAAGAAGUCUUCCAGCAAAACAAAGUUAGACCAGACUUGACAUUUGUAAUACUUGUGGGAUAAAGAAAACAAUUUGAUUUUAGACCUUCCUUAUAUGUCACAAAGAAGCAAGAAUAGGUCACUGUCUCUUUAGUUCUGCUAUCUUUUACUUAAGUGUGUCUAUUUAUUUAUACAUAUGUAUGCAUAAAUUAUAUAUAUAUACAUAUGUUCAUGUGUAUAUAUAAUUUUUUUUGGAUGUGUGUACAUACAUAAACAUAUAUGUAUAAAUCUCAAAGUGUUUCAUGUAGGAAUUACUUUUGUAAAGUGAGUGUAAUAGCAAAAGAUGUUUCAUAGCAUUUCUGCUUUCAACUGUUACUUUACUCUACCUGAAGACUGAGUUCAUCUCCACCCAUGCAGCAGGAAAAGCCUGGACAGGAGAUGUGCUGGAUUUCCAAUGUUGCUUUUCCAAGUGCCUUUUGGUUUGUCUGCUCAUGAAAGGUGUCGCAGGGUAUGAAGAGUGAAUGCAAAGUCCGGUAACUACUGUGGACUGUCUCCUUGUGAAGCAGUUGUAUAGAGGGAAACUUAUAUUCUAGUUUCAUUUAAUCCAAAAUUAAUUAUAUCAGUUCCUCCAUUGGAGCAAUGUAAUUACUCUUGAAUUGUGUUGUCAUCUCCAUCACUAGACUGUCCCUCAGUCAUGUUAUCUAAAUUCUGCUAUUAAGGAUAUUACUUUUUUUUAAUCCUGUUGUUGGAUUAUCUGUCGUUCUGAAGCUUUGUAAAAGAUGUGCUUUGGCAACAAAUAUUAAAAAACAUGACUAACAUGUCCAAAAAAAGGGGUUUUCUCUGAACUGCUCCUGUUUUUAAACUAAAGGGGGGGCUUCCAUAUCCUCUGUAUGAAAUUGAUGUGGGUUGGCUUGAAGGUAAAGAUGUAAUUCCUUGGGUAAUUUUAAAUGAUAAUUUUACUAUUUAAAGCAUCUUAAGUCUUCAAGGCUUUAAUUCAGUAGUGUACUUACUUGUAUUCAUGAUUUUGAGCUGUUACAUAGCUCUAUGAAAUACUUGGGGUUUCUGUUCUUUAAAUUGUACACUAAGUCCAUUAGUGAAGCCUGACUUAUAUAGAACAGUUUUCUGUGGGAGUUUGGACCUUAUAAUCACCCAUGUACUUGGAGAUCCAAGUUGCAGGAAAAAAAAACCACAAACAAACAGCAAAAUCUACCUAAACCUUUGUAUUUCCUUAGAGCUCUUAUGCUAAGUUUUCCAGAUACAAGAUGUUGAGUAAUCAUGGUACACAGUGAGUAGAAUUCACCUCACUGAACGUUAGUUCUCUGAAAGUUAGACAUCUACUUCAAGGGAGAAAUCUGGGCACCUCUAGAGAGUUAUUAAUCUCCUAUGGCAGACAUUUAAGGAAAGUAGAAUGAAUCAUGUUCUAGAGAGCCUCUCUGGAGACUGUGGAAGCUGUGAUUUAGCUCAGGUUAGAUACUAAACUGAGAUUAAUUCCAUCCAGUGCUGUACUACCUGUCUUGAAAAACAAGACUGAAACAACACCAUCCAUCCUUAAACCUUCAAACCCUCCAAAUUCCAGAGAGAAGCAAAAAAAAAAAAAUAAAAAAAUUCUGACAACCUUGAGGAGUUUUCUUAAUGCCAGAAUCUGCUUCUGCCCCAUGUCAAUGCCUGUGGUAUAUAAUUUGUUUUAUUUCAUUCAUUUGGCUUUUGGCUUUGGGUUUUUUUGGAAAUGCAUCCUCUUUCCCUGUUCCAACAUCUCAUGUACCUAACUGGCUGUAUGUAUAGUUCUGUAAAUACAUUAAGUGAACAGGCAAACAUAAUUAAUGAAUUCCCACUAUUUUGGUAAUCUUUCAUAUUGCUAUAAUUAAGACUGAGUAGUCUAACUGCUCUACUGUCAUCAGAAAUGUCACCCACUGUGCAUCUGCAAAAAUUGUGUGCCGAGUCCUGGUUCUUACUGUGUGUACUUAUUGCAUCUUAUGGGAUAUAUUUCCCAUGUCACAUCAGCAGGACUGCUAAAUUUACAAAAACUAAAUAAAAUGUAGCAUUUUAUUAUGGACUAUGGGAGCGACUUUAUAGAUAUGAUUUACUUGUUCAUUAUUGCUCUUUAACAAUGAUUCUGUAAGUUGCAGCUUUUGAAAUUACUAGACUAGAAACCCUGGUUUAAUGUAUCUGCACUUGCUGUGUCAGACAUAGUCAAUGCUUUUUUUCCCAAAUGAAGGCAUUAGUCCUUCCCUGAGAUGAUGAUUUCUGUGAUUUUUAGAUCUCUGACUUGAUAUUGAAAUGCACGAAGGUGCUCUGAAAUAAAUGUUACUGGGCACAGGACAAGUUGUGGUAACUGAUGUUUGGAAGGGAAGAGGAAUGAGUGUUGCACGUUACAGAUCCUCAUGAGCUUCAGAGAAUGGCAUCGGCAGAAGGAGUCUCUUUAAGAAGAUUCAGCCUCUGUAAUAGGAGGCAGUGGUGAAAUUUUCCUUUUCAGCUAAUGGACUGAACAACACUGUUCUUUUUGUUUGAGUUACAUAACUCUGGUUUCUCCUUGUCUUGUUUUCAUUUAAGGAUGGUAAAUGGUGCAGUUAGGACAGACGUCCUAAACUGAAAGGCAUCCAUUGUGAGGAAUGAAAUUUUUCUGUUGCAUGUUUUGUUCACCUUUUCUAAAAAUAAAAAUUAAAAUAUCCUCAACUAUUUGAAAACUCAUUUUUCUUAGAUUCUGAAAAACUGCAAAUAUCAAGAAAGUUGAGAAAAGAAAAAGGGGACUUAAUCAGAUUUAUCUGGAAACGCAUGGAAGGGUAGCCAGAGCUAUUUAUAGAUGUGAGGAAAGUAAGUGCCUUGUUCUAGAUCAGCUGUUACCUUUCCAGAAACAUAGCUUUCCACAUAGUAUCACAUGCUCAUACUUCUAAAUCAAGAUUUACCAUUUAGGUGUUCUUAAAAUUGACCUUUCAUGUGCAUGAUUGUGCAGUAAGUCAUGAUGUCUCUUAAUUUCAUUUUUAUCAACUACAUAAAAAUAUUUUUUUCUUUGCCUACCGCUGUGAAAUCAUGGUUUUUUAUUAUUUAAUGAAACUACUUCAUUCAUGUACACAGAGGUGCAUAUAAGACUUAAUUGCUCAGGUUUUUUGUAGCUAGUCCUUUUCUGAGGACAAACUGCAGUUUAGGGGUAAAAUGGUAAAAGUAAAGAGUAAAGUCUCUGGAGAAGGUUCAAGGGAAAUCUGAUCCAAUGUAUAGGUAUACCUGAUGGAGGGGAAGAAUGAAGUAGAGGGAGCCAGAUUCUUCUCAGUGAUGCCCAUGAACAGGACAAGAAACCAUGGGCGCAAACUGAAACACACAAGAUGACACAUUUUAUGGCACAGGUUGCCUAGAGAGCUUGUGGAGUGUCCAUCCUCGGAGAUACUCAUUAUCCUGGGCAACUGACUGGGUGGCCCUACUUGAGCUGGUGAAGGCUGGACUAGGUGACCUCCAGAUGUUCCUUUCCGGCCUCAUCUGUUCUUUGUUCCAUGAUCUGAGGUACACCUGUGGUUGGUUUCUUUGCUUCAUUGUACUAAUUGCUGAAGAAGGUGGAGGGAGGGGAAAAGAAAGAAUACCUAUCCUAAGGAACUUGUCAUUUUGACAACAGACACAAGAAUCUUGUAUGUUUCCUUUUUUUGUUACUUUGAGCAGGAAAAUCUAAAUAGAACUUAACUGGAAUAAAAUUUUGGUAAUGUUUUCAACAUGCAGAUCAGAUGCAGGGGUAUCAUAAAAAACAGACAACUGUUUCAUGGGAGUAUGAUUGUCAUUCCAAAGCCUGAAAGUUACACCAAGGACUAAGAAAACCCUAUUUUUGGACAUUGGCAAUAGUUUCUGGAUAGAAACUGAGUUGUCUAUAAUACACUAGGAGUAGUUGAAUUUGUAUAUCUUUAGUAUUUGUUUACAUAGACCUUACACUGAAUUAGGGUGGCCAUGGUUUAGGUGACAGUUCCUCCUUACUCUGUUGGAAACUGAGUACAGCAGUUACCUGUUUGUAGUGUCAAACACACAUGUUUGAGUUCAGGUGAGAAAGAGGACCAAGUUUAUGAAAAACUGAGAUAUCUGAGUGUUUUAAGGAGGUACCAUGUAUAAUUGUGGUGAGUUCCCAUCUUUUGUAUUUUUACUAUUUUGCCAUUGUCAGGAGUUGUUGUCUCUGCUCGCCAUCAGAAGAUGGGUUCCCUUUUAUCAGACCUUGGUCUCUCAAGAUUUUUCUUGAGUGCCACAGAUUUUUACACAUAUCCACUGUUCUGAAAUGACCAGAGAAAAUAGCUGGCUUGGUUAGGAUUUGGAAACUAAUGGCUAGUCUAUUCUUGAAGUUACUUUGGAAUAGUUGCUAAAAGUAAAUUAAAAUAACCAGGAAUUGAUGUGUUCACAGGGAGACCUUGCACUUUCUUACUUAACUUUGGCAUACAGACAAUUACAGAUGUCUUUCAGCUGUCAUAGUAAAAUCUGUGUGAUGGUGAUCUUCCUGGAUUUUGUUAGUGAACAUAAAGCAACUGCAGCUCUUCAGCAUCUUUUGCAUUCAUGUCCUUGCCAGGCAGAUGCUGGAGAUGGGGAUUGUGGAGAUUGGUCUGAUCUCUGGAAGUGAGGUGUGUAAAUUGCCUGGGGAAAUUUCCUACUCACCUUUAUUCGUAUGUGCAGAUGAGAAGGAAGGACAUAUCCAGACUUUCACAUUUAAAUACCUAAACCCAGCACCUGGAUUCAUUUAAACAUAAUAGGUCUCUCCCUGGCUCCCAUCACAUAACCAGCAACAAAAUACUUGCAUUAUAUUUAUGAUUUAAUAGUAAGCUCCAUUUUCUGCCACAAUAUGAGUUUGAGUAAUGUAACAAGAAACUCCUAUUGCAUUACCUUUUAAAGAAACUAAUUUCUGUAAAGGUGGAAGAGCACCAAUAGAGGGAAUAGUUCCAGACACUAUCUGUAAAUACCUGUGCUGUGCAUGCUAUGCCUGUAAGCACCAGAAGCAAGUUAUGCCUUUUUGUAACAACAAGUUGAGAAGGACAAAAGGGAUAAUUGCCUCUAAGCACAUUUUCUGUAGCUGGAGGAUAUUUAUAUAAUUGAAUUUUAAAUAUCUAGAGUAGAUAUUAAAGUUAGGACACUAGUCUCCUAGGGUACUGUCACUGAGUAGAUAGGUUCUUCUAUAGGGUAAUUCAGAUCAGAUUAGUCUUCAAUUGAGGUCUUGAAUUGACCUUUGGAAAGGCAGAGGUCUGUGUAGACCAAAUAAAUUUUCUGUUGGAAGCUAGCACAAGUGGGUUCAGAGUAAGAGGUUGCUUACCCCUUGGUGCUCGCUAUUAGUCCCCUAGUUUGACUUGCUUCCACCCAAGGCCACCACUUGCUUUGCUUUGUUAGUUGAACUGGAUGUGAUUGCUCCCUACAAAAUAUCUUGGUUAAAUCUAGAAAACUGCUUGUUUUCUAGUAAUUGUCCUUUUGGUUGUUUGGUGUUUUUUUACCCUCCCAAUUUGGCUAUUAAAGCCAGCAGAAGGAAGGGGGCAUUUAGUGUCAAUUUAAAGAAUAACAAGCAGCAGGUGGGAGCGUGCUGGUUGUGCAAAUGCUUUAAUUCAAAUUAGCAUAAAUGAGGAUAGCCACUCUUGAUUGUGAUCCAAAGCUACUUAAUUUUUACAUAGUUCAUCUCAGUACUGUGCCACAAAAACAUCCAAAGUGAAGUUGUUUAUUUGCACCUCAUGAUGGUGGCUCAAGCCCUAAAGUGGAAAAUACCAUUGUGAACAUAUGAGAACAUUCAGGUCCUAACUGGUUUUGAUAAAUUCCCCCCAAAAAAUCCUUCCUUCCAAACAUGUUGGAAGGUUUAGAUUAGAAAGGCUAAUAAAAGCAUAUUUAAAGUAUGGUGAAGGCAGUGGUUAGCAAAACUAAGCUGGAGGGAGGGCAGCAGUUCUCAGGACUGUUUUCCUGAUGCUAAGCUGCAUUGGCCCAUGAAGCUAACAUCCACUACUUUGGAGUCCUAAAUAUGGUCAGUAGUCCAAGAGCUCUUCUGUAUGUGCAGUCUUAGAUUCCAAAUCUGUUUUCUGUGCUCCUAUUCAGUAAUUAGCCCCACUUUUAGUUUUGUGCUCCUCUUAGUAUACUAGCAGUGUUUAUCUUAAUAGCUAUUUUUGUUUUUAAUAUUCCUCUCUGAGACUCAUGCCUUUCUUUUAUACUUAGGCAAGUACUUGAUUACAUUUCAAAACAAGAUUUUUCCUCUGGUCUGUGUUCUGCUUGACUAAGUAGAAGGUAAUGUUUUUGGUGUAGUCCUUCUUUUUGGAUUUGGCUACUGUAUCUUCUUUCUGUGUGUAAACCCAAAGGUGUCUGCAUUUGCAGACACAGCUUGGGCAUGGAUACCUGCCUUCUCCUCAUUUGAUGCAUGUUUUGGGUUGAAUUGAACACAUACAUACACACAAAACAGACAUGUUAGUCCUAUAUUCAUGAAGAAUUUAAAUUAUUACAGAGAAAUCAUCUAAUGCCUUAUAUUGCUAAUUCAAAGAUAAAAUCUUCCUAUCUUUAAAAGUUAACCAAUUAUUUCUAUUUAGGAAAUUAAGCCUGUUUUCUUCUGCUGUGUUGGAUAAUUUAAAAUGUCAUAAUACUGUAUUGUGCAGUUUACUCCAUUACUGCCAGUAUAAAGAGGUUGAAAUUAAUGUUCUCCCUGAGUUGUCAGUGUCUGCUAAUUUAGAGAUGACAGAAGUGUGUUAAAAUAUAUUCAACCUAUAAUAUUUAUCUUGCUUUGCACUUAAUUUGUUUCCCUUUGACUGUGUUGCAAAAUGCCAAGUGUACAUAAAAUAAUGAAUAAAAAAAAAU